ACCACACUCUAUAGUUGUCUAUAUAUACCACUCAACAUCUAUAUUAAUUUGUCACAACUCAAGCAGAAACAAAGUAAUAUAACUACUAAGGUUAUAUUUUAUGCCUAAUAAUUAAACACCCUCCUCCCUCCUCCACCCUCCACCACCACGCCAACACCAUGGCCGACCGGAAACCAGAAGAAAAUGGUGUCUCCGGCAAACCUAAGCAACUCAUGAUGGCCGACUUUGAUCCCCCAAAGCCACCAAAGAGAAACAAAUACGCUUUUGCUUGUGCCAUGUUAGCUUCCAUGACUUCUAUCUUGCUUGGUUAUGAUAUUGGUGUGAUGAGUGGGGCGCAAAUCUACAUCAAGAAAGAUUUUAAUUGUACCGACGUUCAAAUCGAGGUGCUCGUCGGAAUUCUGAACGUCUACUCGUUGGUCGGUUCAGCCGCCGCCGGGAAAACGUCGGACAUGAUUGGUCGUCGGUACACCAUCGUCUUGGCCGGAGCUAUCUUCUUCAUCGGAGCAAUCUUGAUGGGGUUCGCUACUAACUACGCGUUUCUAAUGGUUGGUCGGUUUGUUGCUGGUAUUGGCGUUGGGUAUGCCCUCAUGAUAGCUCCGGUGUAUACUGCCGAGGUUUCGCCGGCGUCUGCACGUGGGUUCCUCACCUCCUUCCCGGAAGUCUUCAUUAACGCUGGAAUAUUGCUCGGUUACGUGUCAAAUUUUGCAUUCUCAAAGCUUCCACUUCACUUGGGAUGGAGAUUCAUGUUGGGAAUUGGAGCUAUCCCUUCAAUAUUCCUAGCUUUCGGCGUUCUUGGUAUGCCCGAGUCACCUCGUUGGCUUGUCAUGCAAGGUCGACUUGGGGAUGCCAAGAUCGUCCUGGAUAAAACAUCUGAUUCCUUAGAAGAAUCAAAACUUCGGCUAGCUGACAUCAAGGAAGCCGCCGGGAUACCUGAGGACUGUAAUGAUGACAUUGUACAAGUGCCAAAACGUACGGCCGAUGAAGCAAUAUGGAAGGAAUUGCUCCUUCAUCCUACACCCACAGUCCGCCACAUCUUGAUGUGCGGUGUCGGUAUCCAUUUCUUCCAACAAGCAAGUGGAAUAGACGCCGUUGUGUUAUACAGUACAAAAAUCUUUGAGAAAGCUGGUAUUGAAAGAGACACACCAAAGCUGCUCGCGACGAUAGCCGUUGGGUUUGUGAAAACGAUCUUCAUCCUAGUGGCAACGUUUUUCCUUGACAAGGUCGGACGUCGGCCACUACUGUUAUCAAGUGUGGCUGGCAUGAUCGUGUCUUUAAUGGGACUUGCUUUCGGAUUGACUAUUAUAGAACAUUCUGAUCAGAAGAUCAUGUGGGCCGUUGCGCUUUGUAUCGCGACGGUUUUAACUUACGUCGCGUUUUUCUCGAUCGGGAUGGGCCCGAUCACAUGGGUCUACAGCUCAGAGAUUUUUCCUCUGAGGCUACGGGCCCAGGGGUGUAGCAUUGGGGUGGCAAUGAAUAGAGUUGUAUCGCGAUCGUGGCGUUUGUGUUCUUUUACACCCUGUUCCCUGAAACACAUGGUAGAAACCUUGAGGAAGUUGAGCAACUAUUCGGGACCUUUUUUAGGUGGAGAUCAAGAUCGGUAG